AUGCGCCGGCUCUCGCAGCGGCGUGUGCCGGUGAGCGACAGGGCCUGUCCCAAUGAGCUGCUUUUGCGCACGUCCAGCGCGCGAGGUGCCAGGAGAGCGGUGAAGGACACAUUGGGAGACCUGACAGACAGCGGGACCGACGAGCCAAGGGACCUGGAGGAUCGAGUCACAGAAUUCCGGAUAGCUCCACGGGUUGUGCGAAUCUGUGGGCUGCGCGGCCUUGCUGCUGGGCCCAUGGGAGCAGGACUGGUGAAGUCGCGGACACCUGGCUUUGGCAAGGGCGUUCCUCCAGCGUCGCGCAUUGAGCAGUGCGUCGCUGUGGCCUUCAGCGAAGCGGACGCACGGCUCGAGGGCGGGCGCUUCUUUGUGCUCACCGCGGCGCACGACGGCUACAAUUUGACAUGGGUGCCCACAGUAGUGUCGGAGGUGCCGGGCCAGCACGACGAGGCUGGCUGGCAGCACGUGGCGCUGUUGCCCUUCCGUUCGGUCUUCUCCAAGUUCGAGGGCCUGGCCUCCAAGCCCCCGCGCCGCAAGGCCACUGCCGUCGCGGACAUGGCUGCCGACACGAGUCACCUGGCAUCAGCUGCUGACCCCCUGACCGAGGAGCUGAAGCAGCAGGGUUUGGAGGGUGUUCCUGCGCUGAUCUUCGUGCUGGCGAAGCUGUACGUGACGCCUGAGAACGUUUUCCAAUCCAUUGGCGCAGAGAAUGGUCAGGUGAACACUGUCCAGCUGGAAGCCUUCUUUCGCAGGCUGCGGCAAGACGUGGAGGCCCUGACGGGACUGAAGGCCGCCCGGCUCUUCCGCGAGCUGGAUGUGCGGGGCAACGGCUUUGUGACGCUAGAGGACUUGGGGUGCAGCAGUACUGACGUGCAAAAGUCGCUGCCCUGCCAGUGCGAGGGCGAGUGCAUUUCUCAGGUGUGGACUCGGGUGGCUGGCAAGCAGAGCGAUGAAUUCGGCCGCGACACUUCGUGUGUGUCGGGCACGGCGUCUUCAGGGCUUACCCUGAAGACGCUGAAGACGAAGAGCACCUUGCGCUUCACCAAGCAGGCGAGAAGCCGGCGGCACUACGACAGAACAAGCGACGAUGGCGCAUCCCGCACCACCAGGGGAGAGAACGUGCGCCAGCGGAGGAACGAAGUGAUGCGACGGGAGCGGGAGUCCUGCGAGGUCCAGGACACGCACCUGGACCUGGAGAGGGAGCGCUUCAUCACGACUGUGCAGAGAACUACAGUUCUCCACCCACUGGACUACACAGUCUCACGGAAAGCAUGGGAGGAGAUGGAGUCCAAGACCCGCCUGGUGCAGCGCCUCGCGGCCGAGGCGGAGGCGGCCUUCGCGCGGAACCGGGGGGGAAGCCACGGCGAGGAAGCGAAAGACGAGGCAUCUGCCCCAGGGCCAAACACCCCAAGGACACUCUUGGAGAUUUCCAAACAGCGCACCCAUUUCGGUACUGUCACGAUGAAUCUCGAGCCGGAGGUGGAUGAGAUCAUCAACUUCACUAGCAUCACCAAGUCAGCGCAGGCGAAGCGCUUGGCACGAGCCACUAAGCAGGCGUCAGAGCCGCCCAACUUCAAGCGGGAAAGGCUGGAGGUGUCCAGCUUGGCGGUGGAUCCGCUGCGGCCACGCGUGGCGGCAGGCAUUGGGGACGGGCAGCUCGCGGUGUACUACCUCUUCCGGUCCCAUGGGUCCAAGCGUAAGCAGCUGCACCAGAUCCAGGGCUUCGAUGCCUCCCGGGGCGUGGGGGACGUGGCCACCGCGGUGUGCCUGCCCAGCCGCCAGCUCUCCGAGGAGGGAAGCCUCGCGGUGGAGACGGUGCUGGCCGGCUUCGAGAGCGGGCGGGUAGCUGUUUACCGGACCUUCUUCCCGGAGGACUUCACGGAGAAGGGCGAUCUGAAGACGUUGGAGGAGGUCAUGGAGGAGCGCCAGCGGAUCAAGAGCCUGGCCAACGGGGAGCCGGUGCUCCAGGCGGAGGAGCCCCUGCUGCUGGAGCAUUACCAUUGCGACAGCCCCAUCGUGGCGCUGUUUUGGCACCAAAUCAUGGGGAUCUUCAGCAUCUCCUCCUCGGGCCACGUGGUGGUGGCGGACAGCUGCGCGGUGAAGACCUUCUCCAUCCCCGAGGCCUGCGGUCGGAAUGCCACAGUCACCUCAGCAGACAUGUCCUCGCAGCUGGAGCAGCUGGCGGUGGCUGGACAGCGCGGCGUGCACCUCUGGCAGACCCUGUCGCAGGCGAAGUAUGGCGUUGUGGGGCUCGUGCAGGACGGUUCUGAAGACCAGAACCCGGAGCAGAACCUGAACGUCAUGCUUGUGCGCUACACGCCCUCCGGGAAUUUCCUCCUGACGCUUCACAAAGACCGCGGGGACGUGAAGCUGUGGGACGCUCGGGGCUUGGAGUUGCACUGCUCGGUGAGCUGCGGGCGGCUGGUGGACUGUGCCUUCUGGGAGCCCCGCUGGGAAACGCUGCUUGUCUUCACGCCCAGCGGGGUCAUGGAGGUGGAGCUGCACGAGGAGGCGGUCGAGCCCGAGGCCCAAGUCAUCUCCGCAACCAGACAUUACACCAUGGUCACUGGAGUCCUGCGCGGUGAGAGGACGGGAGGCCCGGUCCGCGCGAAGGCGGACCUGCUGGGGGACAGCGGGGUGCCACGGCGGAACCGGCCGGCCACGGCGUCGCCGGGCCGGCCCGGCCGGACGUCCUCGGUGUCGUCGCGUCCCAACUCACGGCCCCCGUCGCCGCAGGGUCGCCCGGCCUCCCCGGCAAGGGACCCGGCGGCCACGUACCCGCCCGCCCCCGGGGACCGGACCAAGGUGCGGUCCCUCACCUCCCACAUGCGCCGAGCCCCGUCACCCACCCCAGCCUUCAACAAGGGCGCUUCCGGGAAGCCCCGGUGGCGGAGCUGA